GGCAGUAUCCGCUUUGAGGAGGAGCUUGACUCAAGAUGAUCAACGUUUUGCCAACAACGCUGUUUUUCUAACUGAGUUCGCUGUAGAGUGCAGCCAUUUCCGUUGUUAGUCUGUUCAGCCUUGUUUGAGAGAAGUAUCUCGUGUGCGUUAACUCAAACUUAGGAGCAACAACAAGUUAGAUUUCCUUCGUGUUUUUUCCCCGGCUGGCUCGCUUGCCAGCUGAAUCUCGUCGGGAUGGACCCAGCAAGCCGAUACCAAGUGUUGCACAAUGAGGAUGACUCUUCAGAGGCCUCGACCAGCGAGCAGCAGCCAUGCACUUCUGCCACAGCCCAGGCUAGUACAUCCAGCCAGGACCAGAGCCAGACCCAAGCCAACCUGGCACUAGCCCCAGAAGCAGGGGAAGCAUCGGGAUCAAGCACUCAGGGGGGAGCAGAGGCCCCUCCACCUCCUUACGCCUCCAUUGACCUGGGAGCAACUGCUGCAGCACCCGAGACUAGUUUCCGAAGUGACUUCCCAGUGCCUCCGCCCUACAGCGUCGCCACUUCGCUGCCCACAUAUGACGAAGCGGAGAAGGCCAAAGCGGCCGCCAUGGCUACCUCCACUGUGGAGGUGAUGCCGCGGGAUGAUGAAUUCCCACCCAGAGACGACUUCAGUGACGCGGAUCAGCUUCGAGUUGGGAACGAUGGAAUCUUCAUGUUGGCUUUUUUCAUGGCCUUCCUGUUCAACUGGAUUGGGUUCUGCCUGUCCUUCUGUCUGACCAAUACCAUCGCAGGACGCUAUGGAGCUAUCUGCGGCUUCGGACUUUCCCUCAUCAAGUGGAUUCUUAUCGUCAGGUUCUCCGACUACUUCACUGGCUACUUUAAUGGUCAAUACUGGCUCUGGUGGAUUUUCCUGUUGCUCGGUCUCCUGCUGUUCUUCAGGGGUUUCGUCAACUACCUUAAAGUCCGCAACAUGUCAGAGAAUAUGGCCACCUCUCAUAGAACACGUCUCUUCUUCCUCUACUAAAAGGUCUGCAAACCAUAACCGUUCCUUGCCGACGUGACAUUCCUUCCCUCCCCCUCGAAUGACCUGACCGAGGAGCCUUGCAGUGAAGAGAGGAGACGGGGAAGGAAUGAAGGAAAGAAGUAGGGGAAAAGUGUUACCCGUCUCAUUAAAAGCAUAACACGAGUCACUCUGAAGUCUCUACUUCUGAGCUGAGCCGAAACAAAAGUCUUUGAUGAUCAGAUCCUCUCUCCUGGCUUUGUUUUUGUUUUUCAUUUUCCUUUGAUUCGAAGCUCUUAACACAGUCUGCUUUAGGAUCGUGUGUGUGUGUCGUGUGUCUCAAGAGUAGGAGCGCUUUUGAGAUACACAAACUUAAGUUACCUGAGGCAAAGUUAGCAGACGCUUAGUAUGAAGAGGUUUGUUCCAAAAUGAGAUAUCCAAUAUUGUAAGAGUCACUGAUUUACUAAAUGAAAGCACGGUGAAACAAUGUCUUAAAUGUAGGAAACGCAUUCAAAUAAAAUGAAAUUAAGUUACUGUA